AUGGUUGAUUUCGCAAAGCUCUUGACCUUUAUUCUCAUCACUGGCCAUUAUUAUAUAACCUUUGUUACAGCAAUAUUUGAUAUAAUAAUUAACGUACCUCAAAAUCCAGUUUACACGGGUUCCAACGUAACAGUCACUUGGGGGUUUUCAGGCAUACAAGAUAAACAUAUAGAGUUAGGGCUUGCAACUGCACAACGGCCAUAUAAAAUAAUAGUGGUAAUAAAUCCCGACGUGGAUCUUACAACAAAAAGUCAGAAUUGGGUGGUGGAUACUGUGCCAAAUGGUAUUUAUAAAUUUUACACAAGGUGUCGUUCUAAUUUCUUUAAGACUUCGGGUCCGUUUUCGAUUUAUACUACAAGCUCUACUCAAACCGGAUUGUAUACAAGAACACCUGAUACACCUAAUUCUGGUGGAGAUACUGAAGAUAACUCAACUCGAAAUACUAUAAUUGGGUCAGUGGUCGGAGGUAUUGCCACUAUAAUAGGUGCAGUAAUAGGUGCAGCAAUAACUGCAAAACUUAUUUGCGAAAGUUGUAGAUGUUGUAGAGAUAAUUUAUCACAAAAUGGUGAUCUCGAAAGUGGUGGAAAUGAUAGCAGACAUAACG